AUGAGCGUCUUGCAACCGGCGAAAUGCCUGUUCUGCAGCUUUACACCCACAAUCAGAGCUGGCACUCGCGUACCAGUUCAACGACAAUUUCAUGCAGCAGCAGCCCUCUAUGCUCGAAAGUCAUCUGUGGCUGGGCCCAUGGUUGCAGCGCCGCCUAAAAAGAUGACCGUGGACGAAAUCGCGAGGAAAGUGAAGCCAUCUAACUUCAAGCCGUACACUGAAAAAGAGCUCGAACAUCUGUCCCAGGAAUAUUCGGAGGAUCAACUCGCAGCUAUCCUCGCAGCUGAGAAAGCCAUUGACCCCAAAGACCUCGCCGAACAAUUCGCCAUUCGAAAGGAUCCCUUUAAGCUGCAUUACCUCGAUGAUUUUUCCACAAUCGAGCCCGUUGUUGACAAGCAUAUUCGCGCCCCAGAGUCGAACUCCGAUUGGCAUGCAACACUCAAAUCCGAAGAUGAUUUCGCAGAGGACUUUGCAAGAUUUUUCUCCGAGAUGCCCGAUAAACCUACAGCUGCUGACUGGGUGCGAUUUACGGAGAACUUGCGCUUGACAAAGGGAAAAGAGGAGAAUGAGCGGAACCCCAGCACUGCGCUCGUACCGGAUCUUUUCGAGGAAGGAGAGACUCUUACCCGGGGACUUUCAGAGGGCGCAGAAGCCACAUCUGGGAAGAAAAAGGGCGACGGCAAUAAAAGCAACGAAGAGAUCACGGAUGCUUUGAGGAGAUUAAUGCAAUCCACUGGAUAUUCUCUGGACAAGAUCAGAAGCCUCAAAGUCAAGACAUUGGUCUCUCACUCAGUCGUAAACCAGACUCGUUUAGGAAAAGUGCGUCGACAAUACUGUCUUUCCGUCGCGGGUAACGGUGAUGGAUUGUUGGGUAUUGGCGAGGCCAAAUCCGAAGAAGCGAGUGACGCGAUGAUGCAGUCGAAAUACCGAGCUAUUCGAAACAUGCAACCUAUUCUUCGUUAUGAGAACCGAACUAUCUUUGGAGAUGUCAAGGGUAAGGUCGGAGCUGUUGAGUUGAAACUCAUGAAUCGUCCUCCAGGCUUUGGUCUCCGCUGCCAACACCUCAUCUACGAAAUGGCUCGUGCAGCCGGUAUCCACGACCUAGCUGCUCGAGUCGAACGAUCUCGCAACCCAAUGAACACCGUCAAAGCAGCCUAUGAGGCAUUGACAGCCCAGAAAGACCCCGAAGAAAUAGCACGUGCUCGUGGAAGGAAGCUUGUCGAUGUACGAAAGGUGUAUUAUGCGGGAAGAGUUUAA